AUGAAUCUUCUACCCGCUGAAACAAACCUUGAUAUCCUCAAAUGCCUCAACUUCAACCAAAUAAACAACUGCCAAUUAUCAAAUCGCCGUUUUUCUGAAGUGAUCGUCAAAUACAACAAAGAAUUGGCUACAAUAAAAGUGUUUUAUUCUGUUGAGUUGAUUGUUUGGAAAAAUUAUGUUUGUCAGGAUUUGGUGGAGUAUGGUGGACCUAAUGAAUUGGACUUGGAGCUAAGUGAGGAGACUAAAUUAAAGUGGAAAGCAGCAAUUCAAGAACGGAUUCCACUUUACUUCUACUUCACCAGCUACUCUCCUCGGAAAAAAUUUGAUGUGGCACUUGAUGAUUAUGGAAUGAAUGAAGUUGCCUAUUUGUUUUUGGUACCGAAAGAAUCUGGUGGACAAUCGCCUAAAUUUCUUCGAUUAAAAUUACACCAAUACCCAGAAACAAUAGAAGAAAUGCUUGUAUUUCGUUACUGGUUGGAAAAACUUUCAAAUUGCUUCAUUGAAAACUUCAAAAUCGAGCAAGGAUAUAUCAAUCCGGAAAUUUUUCAAUUAUUUUUUGGCGAUUCUCCGUUGAAAUUCCACACAAACUGUUUCUAUCUUUAUGAUGAAGAAGGGGAAUAUUUCCCUAAAGGAUAUCAAUUUAUGUACCAUCAUGUGGUUAUUCAUGGAUCUAAAGGCUUCUAUUACCAAUAUCCUGACUGGAACAUGCGCGGCGAAAUGAUAAAAGAUGAAGAACGUCAUUUUAUCGGAGAGGAUGUUGAAGAAUUUUGCAAAGUUGCUGAGUACAAAUUAGAUGGAGUAGAUGAUCCGAGGGACAGCGGGAUAUUGUAUGUGUGCUUCCAACUUGGCUCUAAAGAACCGUUCUUUUUUGAAAUCCUAGGACCUGGAAUGAUGUAA